CUAGAUAGAGAAAGUGAACAAUUAAUAUUUCUCAACCCCCUAUAACUACCCCUUGGGGGCUAUAUAGCUAGGAGCCCAUUACAAUAAUCAUGUAUUUUUUGGACGAAAUAAGGCCACUAAUGGACUGAGUACAACUCUUAGUGAAUUAAGAUAGAAAAAUACAUUCUACAAGGGUAGUCCUUGGCCGGUGCGAUGUCUUUGGCCGAUGCGUUCCCCGGUCAAUGGGGGACCCAUUUUGUCUACGAAGGGUUUCCUGAGCAGUUCUGUCUCUGGCCGAAGGCUACCACGUGGAUGCCCCUCUGAUGAUGUUUAACCUUCUGAGUAUUUUUCCACCGUUUUUUUACAAUACUCAUUAGUGAUUAGUCAUUACCCCUAUUAUUUUAGGCUUAAAUGUUGUGCCCACCUUAUUCUAGAGAACUUCGGAGUACAUGAAAAAUACGUGUCUUGUGUGUCAUCUGAUCUUUUAUCUUUCCACUCUCAUUUCAGAACAGAUGGCCUCUAGAAUUUAUUAACAGUGAUUAAUCACAAGCUUAAACCGAGAUAUAAUUACGUUAAUGGAUAUGGAGACGCCAGCCGACAUCAUAGCCGUCCCAUUUCCAUAUCAAGGUCACACAAACCCUAUGCUUCAAUUCUGCCGUCUCUUAACGGACGCCGGCGGCCGCCCCAAUGUCACCUUAGUCCUCACCCACGACGUCGCAAAAUCCAUUCACCAAUCCUCCCUCGCCCAAAUCAUACACACGCUAGAGUUAAUCUCCGACGGAAACGACGGCGGCGCACGGCCUACCUUCGAGGAAUACCGCGCGCGCGUGCAGGCCGCCGUCUCGGAGGGGGUCGCCGCCGUCAUCGAGAAGCGAGAGAGGGCCAAGCUUCUAGUGUACGAUUCGAUGAUGCCUUGGCUAGCGGAGAUCGGGAGAGCGCGUGGGCUGCGCGUGGCUGCUCUGUUUACACAGUCUGCUUCGGUCUGUAGCAUCUAUUACCAGAUGCUUCAGGGGCGGCGCGUCGGAGAACGGGUGGUGUCUCUGCCUGCUUUGCCGGUGCCGAUGGAAUUGCCGUCGUUUUCCUUGUUCGGGGAAAUAGCGGGAGAAGUGGAAGAGUUUACGUUGAAACAGGCAAGAAACAUGGGGAAGGCUGAUUGUCUGUUGUUCAACACAUUUGACGCCUUGGAAAAGGAGGCAGUGAAGUGGUUAUCAGAAAAAUGGGCGAUCAAGACAAUUGGACCGUUGGUUCCCAGACCAGACAACAACAUUGACCUGUACAAGUCAGACUACGACCAAGACUGCAUGAAAUGGCUCGAUGCCAGAGAGCCCAGUUCGGUGGUCUACGCAUCCUUUGGCACCGUAGUGGUCUGGUCAGAGCACCAGAUGCAAGAAAUCGCAAUGGGUUUGGCCCAAUCCAACAAAUACUUCAUCUGGGCCGUUCGAGACUCCGAACAAUCCAAACUUCCCAAAAACUUCAAGCCAAACACGGCACAGAGAGGGCUCAUUCUAAAAUGGUGCCCCCAAGUGGAGGUCAUGUCCCACAAAGCGGUCGCGUGCUUCCUUACGCAUUGCGGGUGGAACUCCACGCUCGAGGCGCUAAGCUUGGGCGUGCCAGUCGUUGCUAUGUCCCAAAUGGUUGACCAAUCCACCAAUGCCAAAUUCAUUGAUGAUAUUUGGCAAGUCGGGGUCCGAGUGAAGGUCAACGAGCAUGGCAUUGUUACGCGACACGAAGUCAACGAUCGCAUUCUGGAGGUAUUGGAAGGGGCGAGAGCCGAUGAAAUUCGAAGAAAUGCAAUCAAGUGGAAGGGGUUAGCAAGGGAGGCUUUGAUGGAAGGAGGAAGUUCUGAUGUGAACAUAAAAAAUUUCAUCUCACAAUUGGCUAUGUAAGUAUGUAAAUGUAAUGAGGAUGGGGAAUAUGGGAUUUCCUUAAAUUAAAAUUCACUUCAUUAUUAUGGUAGCAUAAUAGAAAAAGAAAAUUUGUGAGAUGCCAGGUAUGUAAUACUACUAGUGCAUUAAAUUAUUAACUAACGACUCUUUCAUUUCUAUAAAAACUCAACACUUAGAUGUUUUUACUUGACUCUAA